AUGAAAUCCUCGAAGAAAAAAACAAAAGAAACGGUGAAAGUUGUACCGUCUGAUGAUCCGGUUAAACCAGACGAUCAGUUAAUUCUAAGCCAAGAAGACUUAGACGAAGCUUAUGCUAAUGGACUUUUUGUUAAAGAACCACCCACACCUCACGCUAAAGUUAUUUAUAGCAAUAGACAAAAGAUGUUUUUACCAAAAAAAGAAAUCAAUAAUAGCAUAAAACUCUUUGAAUUGAAAACUACAUUAUUCCAUUGCGAAUCUCCAAAUGCCAUUAUGCAAAUUGAAAAUGAAUUAUGUAGAAAACCUGAAUAUAUGGGCCUAGAUGAAGUAAUAAGUGAAAAUAUGAGAGAAGAAGUAGAAGAGCAACAAUAUGUUAAUCAGUUAGGAAUGUUAGGACAAGACGUAAUUGAGGAAGAAGUACAGUCAGUUGAAGAUGUUUAUGAAGAUUAUGUGGAUGAAAACAUGGAGAUGGGAGAGGAAGGUGAAGAAGAGGGCUUAUCGAUAGAUCUCAAGAAUCAACUUGAAGAGGAAAAAGAAACACCUGUAAAAAAAAUAAUAUCUGACGAGUCCUUUUUAAGUUUGCCAGUGACAAAGUUAUGUACUGUGGUGAAACUCAAAAAUAAAUUCAACUUUUUUGAUAGAAUUUCACAAACUAAAAAAAUUCUUAUGAGGAAUAAAGAAACUCAAACCCCUAUAACUAAAAAAUUUGAGUUUGGUGCGUUUGUGUCACUAGCUAAUAUUUAUGACACUUACGAAGUUGAUUAUGCGAUACAAAUGGAAGAAAAAGAAAGAGAACUGAAAAAGAAAUUGGCCGUACAUAUGGGAAAGAAGAAAACUAAACCUCGUAAAAAAAUACACAUUGAACACGAUGACAUUAAAUAUGAAUUGUUGAAGGUUUCUAAGAUUGUUGAAAAAAUUAUCAGUUUGAAUGAUACAGAUGCCAUAGCACAAGAUUUUCGAUAUUAUGAGGAUCCAUCAGAUCAAUUUAGGGAUAGAGGAGAAGGAACCUUAAUGUUAAUGUGGACAAUGGUAUAUGAAAAAGAAAAAAAACUAAUUGUAACUGAUAUAGCCUGGAGUCCUGAUUAUUUUGACAUGUUUGGUAUAACGCUUAGCAUUCCACAGAGUGAUUUGCCAUUUACUGACAAUCCAGACAUUGGGAACGUGUGCUUGUGGGUUUUAAAGAAUUCAUCAUACCCAGAUUAUGUAGCACAUACACAAUCCGGAGCUAUGUGUUUGAGUUUUCAUCAAGAUUUUGGUAAUAUCCUUGCCGUUGGACUGCGUGACGGAAAUUUGGCCGUAUACAACGUGAGCUUACUGAAAAACGAACCAGAGUACUCGACAAAUUUAGCGGGUACCAAACUCAUGUCUAGCGUAAUGCAGGUAGUCUGGUGUAAGAAUUUACCUACUGGUGAGUUGAAUUUUUUUUCUGUAUCCGAGGAUGGUUUGGUCUGCCAAUGGAUAUUGAUGCAAAGUGAAUUGAUGAAAGUCGUUAGAAUGGCUCUGGUCAUAGAUAUGUAUCCAGAAAUUGAGCUUGGCGGUAUCAAACAAACGUACUACGCCAGGGGUACGACAAUUACAUUUAAUCCAGCAGAUCCUGAGAUAUACUUAGUUGGUACGGUUGAAGGUUAUAUAUUUAAAUGUAAUAUGGAAUGGUCUCGUCAUGUUCAGAGAUUUAAAGCUCAUCAAAUGCCGGUAAACCGAAUCGAUUUCAACAAAUUUGAUCCAAAUAUAUAUCUUACAUGUAGUGAAGAUUUUGAAGUUAAAUUGUGGGAAGACAAAUCAGAAGUUCCGAUGAUAAUCUUUGAUUUGCAAACGGGUUUGACAGAUGUACGUUGGUCUCCAUUCUCUAGUUCAGUAUUCGGUAUUACCACUGUGGACUGUCGUGUUGUUUUUUACGACUUAGAUGUAAGCACUAAAAAAUCUAUUUGUGAUCAGCUCAUUCAUCCCACAGAGAAAUAUCGACUGGUUCGAUUAGCUUUUGACAAACGAGUACCAAUGAUUGUGGUUGGAAGUUCAAGGUGUACUAUUGUUACAUAUAAAUUGUCACCAAACCUUCGUAAAAUAAUGAAAUCUCCAAAGAAAGGAGUUCAUAUUCCUACAGAAAUAUUGGAGUUGGAAAAAUUACAUGCAGUGUUGAAUUCUAUCAGAGAAUAA